AUGGAAGCCGUAGAUCUGAUCUUGGUGCUGUUGAGCGCGGUGUUGCAAGCGGUUGUGGCGGUGCGGCUGGUUUGCCUGGUCCGAUGGCAGCACCUGGAGAAGGCGCGAAAGCUCUUGGCAAACGCGGCCAAUCGCCUCAGAGAGAUGGAUCCGGAGGAGCGUCGAAUCCAGGCACUGGUCGAAGCUGGGCGCAUGCGUGUGGCUAAAGCCAACGCAGGCAUCUUGCUGCUUCUGGGCAUCUUUACACUCGGAGGAGUCCAGUUCCAACAGUUCACGCAAAUGACUGAACCUCAAUCAAGGGGGUCCCAGUGGGCUAUGUUGGUGGCCGUAACUCUUUAUUUGGCAUUGUGGCUUGGCCCAGAGCUCAAGUCAAGUCUCGCUUUCAGCCUCUGGUACCUCGUACCAUCGGCGUGCGCCGUCUUCACUCUCAGUCCUGCUGCAACGGCGGACUCACUGCUCACAACUCGAUCAUUGGUCACUUUUGCCUUCUGGCGCCUGCCUAGUUCAAGCUGGCCGCCGAGCUGGAUCGUUGCAUGCUGCGGCUUUGUACUGUGGGCGCAAGCCUGUGUUCGAUUCCUGACCAGAUCGGAGCCCCAAAGCAGCACACUCCCCGAGAACCCGCUGGUUUUGGAGACAUUCAUGUUCGGGGCCUCCAUUGCCAUUAAGAUUGGCUUUGAACGCUUGCUGCGGAGCAUGGCAGUCUUACAAAUCCGCCACGACAAGGUGGGUUCGGAGCUGCAGGGGGCGACCUCGCUCCUGCGGCACAUUUGCGAUGCGGUGAUUGAGGUGGACGCGGACUUGCGCUUGACGAAGCACUCCGAGGAGCUGGCCAAUAUGCUCCUGAGGCAUCGCCCAGGAGGUUCGUUGGAGGGCGUGACUUGGCUGGGGAGCUCACUUGUUUGGCUGGGCUACUGCAAGGGGCUGAAGAAGUAG